UAUUUAGCUUUAUGUAUACAUCAAACUUUAGUGACAAAAAAUCCAAACGUGUCCAGUAUGCGUAGUAACUAGUAAAACGUACCCCAUCGAUGACAGAUUACGGAAAGUCAGCCACAAACACACUAAUCUAGCCCAAACAGAAACUAAUUGAUUCAAUUUCUCUUACAUUUGGUCCAAUUAAAAAAACCCACCGUUUCAUAUUUUCCACAGAAAAAACCAGUCGCAUUAGCUGAACAAAAAAUCUUGCACAGAUCUUCAAAAAAAAAAAUACAAGAUUUUGUGGGGUUUUCUUGAUCGUUGCAAAUUUCAGUAGCAAAAUGGCAGUGAAAGGGGGGAGGCAUUCUCGAUUUGGACCUCGAAAAUCAUCGAAUUCCACACUAAUCUUUGGUGGGCUUAUUGUGUUAUCAUUCGUGAUCCUCUUUCUUCUCGCUUUCAAAAUUUUCUCCAUUCCCAGUAGUUCAAAGGGUUCUCAGAAAGCACAUGAUCUCAGCUCUAUAGCACACAACGCAGUUCAAAGACAAGAUGAUGAUGAUGAUGGAAAAGGAGAUCAGUGGGUUGAAGUGAUUUCAUUGGAACCAAGAGCCUAUAUUUACCAUAAUUUCUUGUCCAAGGAGGAAUGUGAGUAUUUGAUUAGUCUUUCCAAGCCUCACAUGCAAAAGUCAAGUGUUGUAGAUAGUUCUACUGGCAAGAGUAUGGACAGCAGGGUCCGAACCAGCUCUGGAACAUUUCUUGCAAGAGGACGUGAUAAGGUGAUCAGGGAUAUUGAGAAAAGGAUUGCAGAUUUCACCUUCAUACCAGUAGAGCAUGGUGAAGGUCUUCAAGUUCUCCACUACGAAGUGGGGCAAAAAUAUGAGCCCCACUAUGAUUACUUUCUUGACGAAUUUAACACUAAAAAUGGAGGUCAACGCAUUGCGACGGUUUUAAUGUACUUGUCAGAUGUUGAAGAAGGGGGUGAAACAGUAUUCCCAGCUGCAAAGGGAAAUUAUAGUGCAGUCCCUUGGUGGAAUGAACUGUCUGAAUGUGGAAAAGGUGGACUCUCAGUAAAACCAAAGAUGGGUGAUGCAUUGCUUUUCUGGAGCAUGAAACCUGAUGCAAGUCUAGAUCCAUCAAGUUUGCAUGGUGGAUGCCCUGUGAUUAAAGGCAACAAAUGGUCAUCUACAAAAUGGAUGCGCGUCCAUGAAUACAAGGCUUAACCUACUGCUAGAGGUUCAGUUUUGAGUUUGGAUGCAGUCACUGUUGCAUGAUUUGUAUCAGAAGGAUAUUCUUGAAUAGAGCCCUCUGAUCUCAACCACAACAUGAAGCUUCUAAGUUAUUUCCAGCUUCGAUUUUACUUCAAUACUACUCAUUCUCAACAUUCUUUUUCCUUUCUUUUUUGUAAAGUUGAAGCUUACAUAGUUGUAUUUGUGUAUUUUUCAUCUGCGGGUUUAAUUAGAAUAAUAAAAAGAUGUGAGAAGCUUCGUUUGAUUUA